AUGGAUUCUCCUGAGGUCGUCUAUCCACCCAGGCCCCUCAAAAUAUCUGCUGCCAAUGCAAAUGCCCUUGAACUGUUGGCAGACCAGCUCGUCGCUGAGACUUUGCGCGCAAGUGACGACUUUAUCUCGAGAGGCCGCGUAGUCGACAAGACUCAGUGGAAAAGUGUGAAAAGGAAAAAUAACUUGACGGCGUAUCGAGCGCGCGAGCUCACGUCAAGCAGCAGAACUCGCCGAUCUCGGUUCAAUAGCGAAGACACCGAAGCCGUGGCCGAGUCUCCCCGCCUGCCCGAGUUUUUCCCAUCAAACGGCAAGAACUUCGAGAGCUGUCUGGGGGAUUCGUACCUGGCUGUAAGCGCCACUUGCAAUGAAGACAACGACUCAGACGACGAAUUCCAAGGAGGAUUCAGCAUGGAAGACGUCUUGGAGCAGAAGGUGAUGGAGAAGGCCAAGCCAGACUACGUCCCCAUGGUAUUUUGCACGGGUGUCGUCCCCGGUACAGUCGAGGACGCUGCGUUGGGUUUUCUUGCGGACACUGAAGCUCGCACGCGAACGCGUAGCACUAUCAGCGGACACACUACCGUCGACGACGUCCAAAUCCUCGCUCGUAUCCAAGAGCCAACCUUCGACGACCCGUUUCGGUUCUUGGGGGUCAAGUGGUGGGCCCAUUCUACCCCUGGAACUGCGGGCCGCUUCGUCAAGCCUCGCGACUCGGUCGUCAUUGAGUCGAGCGGAAUGGCCCUCGAUGCCGAUGGAGAACGCUUCUGCUACCUGCUGACCCACUCGUUCAUGCUGGACGAGGUCCCGGAGUUCAAGAAGUUCGGCCGCUUGAGGAUAACCUUCUCCACCUGCCGCAUCGUGCGGACGCACGAGGCCACGGGGAACGUCGAGAUCUUCUGUCGCGGGUUCAUCGACUCUGCUGGGAGUCUCAGCGAGCGCUUGGCCACGUACUUGUUCUGCGAAAGUCUCAUGAGGAUGCCGCGGAUAAUGGAGGAGGCGAACAAGCGGAAGCUCGCGUGGCUGCUGCAGUCAAAGCACCACUGCUGCAGUAGUCUCGGUCCAGCGGGGCAUGCGGUUGAUGCUUGUCCGAGUUGCAGCGAAAAGCUGGGCCGAGGAGUCGAGAGGCUACUGGACUACUCGAUCUGCAUCCUCUGUCGCCACUCCAUCUGCCGAAAGUGUACCAUUAGGAAGACACUUUUGCUGGGGACCGGUGGGCCCAAAAUGACCAAGACUACGAAAGAAUUCUGCCUGAGAUGUUACCUCGAGGCCAAGAACUUGUCGGCGUGGCAAGUGGGAAUCGACUCGCUGCCCGUCACUAAGCAGCCGUAG